AUGGAUUCUUUGCGAUUCUUGCUGCUGGCUUGGAGAAUAUGGGAUAAGCUUAAGGACCACGACGUGGUGCCAUUACCACGACGUGGUGUUGAGAUUUUUGGACAGUUAGGCAUCGAUCCAUGGGCGAAGAAAAGGUUUCAAAUGUGGAGCAUUACAAAGGAACCACCGACCACAACUCCAAUCGUGCAAUAUGUGAAAGGAAAUGAUUACAAAAAAACGAUUGGAGUGGUUCAUGGAGGAAAUUUUACCUGUGUGAAAACAUCAGUAGAUUACAUUACUUUGGUCAACAUCGAAUUCCCAGACAUGGAGAUGCUAGGAAGAUUUUCUAAAAGUCUGGCUUAUGAGACAUUUGAGCACAACACUAAACAUGUGCCAAUGAAUUCCCCCCAUUACUUGAUGAACGCACCAUCAACGAGGAUAGAAAAGCUUAUUCAUCUAUUGGUGAUAGAAGACCCAAGGGCAACGGUUGAUGAUGGAAUUGCAUACAUCAAGCAAAUGAUGAACAUGACAAUUCCAAGAGAAAAGAUUGAAGAUUUGAUGGACAUAGCUAAAGAGAAUGUGAUUGCAUGGCAGACGUUGUAG